AUGACAAUGGCUGAAGCGGGACGAAGAGUACAUCCAAACCUGAGUAGGUUCACCGUGGCCACCAUUAUCAAGGCAUUUAGACAACACAACAGAGCUGAAAGAAUGCCACAUAGAGGUGGGAGGGUUGCCAUAUUCACAGCGGCACAAGAAACCCUCAUUGCAGAUAUGGUCCGUGAGAACAACUGCAUUAGACUCCGAGAGAUCAGAGACAAAGUCAUUGCAGAUAAUGUAAACUUUGAGAACAUUGAUGCUGUCAGCGUGUCCACAAUAGACCGAGUUCUCCGGCGCCAACAGAUGAGGAUGAAACAGGUCUACAGGGUUCCCUUUGAGCGCAACUCUGCGCGACACAUAGAACAACGUUACGAGUAUGUGCAAGUACGUAUACAUCCAUGUCCACAGUACAGUUAGUGGACAUACUGUGUUGCUUAGUGGCCUACAUUACUUCUGGACAAUACUGUGCUACCUGAUUGACCGUUCUGAACACCUGUACGCUUUUCCAUGUUCACAGAGGAUAAUGCAGUUGGACGCGAUGGCCAGACCCCAUGAGUACCUCUUCCUGGAUGAGGCUGGCUUCAACCUCCAGAAACGAAGGCGAAGAGGCCGUAACAUCAUUGGCCAAAGAGCCAUCACUGAGGUUCCUGGCCAACGGGGGGGUAAUAUUACUCUUUGUGCAGCUAUGGGUACGGAGGGGCUUGUCCACCGGCAUGCUGUCCUUGGGUCUUACAACAAACAACGUCUCCUCACCUUCCUAGAGGAGCUAAAAGACAUCCUCCUGGACCGUCAACAACACCAUCCUAGGCUAGCACAUCACAUGUAUGUGAUCAUUUGGGACAACGUCCGCUUCCACAAAACACACCAAAUCAGAGAGUGGUUCACCACCAACAGUGACCACUUUUUAAACGUCUGUCUGCCACCCUACUCCCCUUUCCUGAACCCUAUAGAGGAGUUCUUCUCAUCAUGGAGAUGGAAGGUGUAUGACAGACAGCCAUACACAAGAGAGAACCUCGUACGGGCAAUGGAGCUGGCCUGUGCUGACAUCCCAGUGGAGGCCUUCCAGGGAUGGAUUCGCCAUUCCAGGGCGUUUUUCCCGCGGUGCCUAGCAAGGGACAAUAUAGCCUGUGAUGUGGAUGAGGUGAUGUGGCCCAAUGCAGCUCGGCGACAUGAUGCCGCACAGUGACUGUGUGUAAUACUGUAAAAAGACCGUGUAGACAAUAAAAAAGACUUCACACCCUGAUCAUGUUUCCGAGAGUACUGUUGUGUGCGAUAGAUUCUGUUUUUGCAUUGAGUUGUGUUACA